UUAACGGGACAUUUUUUCGAAAAAAAGAGGAACGUCGUUAAACAACAACAGCAACAAAAAUGGAAGAACAAAUCGAACGUUUACGUAAAGAUUUUCAUGAUGAUGAGAAUAAAUUACGAAAACAAUAUGAAGAAGAAUGUCGAUUAUUGGAAGAACAUAUGGAAAAAGAGAUUGCAAUGGAGAAAACUUAUAUGGAAAAUUGUACAGAAAUUGAAAUUGGGAAAUUAAAAGAAGAAGUUGAAUCUAAAAUCGAUACAUUGAAUAAGAAUCGUUAUCAAUCAUUAUCAACAAAUGAAACGGCUAGUGACGGUGAGAAUAAUGAGGUAAUGGAAAAAAAUCGUGGACGUAUCGACCAGGAAUUGGCACGUGAUCGUGAAAUAUUUGAACAACAAUGUAAAGAACGACGGCAACGUUUUGAAGAUCAGAUGAAAAUAUUGUUGGCCGCUGCUGAUCAGAAACGAAUCGAAACACUUAAACGAGAAAUAGUUCCAUUAGUUAAAGCCAAUGGAAUGAUACGAAUAACUGAUGAAACACUACUGGAAACACGUUAUCGAUUGAAAUUUACACGUAACGCCGUUAAAUCCGGUCAAUCAUGGGCAUUGUAUCGGGCACAAUUUCAAGAUAAACAGGUUGUUUGUCGUGUAACGGUUUUAUCGAAAAUUCCAAAUGAAAUUAGAAUGAAUCUCGAUCACUCAACAAAAUGUCAACGAUUCUUGUGUGAAAAACAACGACAAUCGGAUUCUAAUUAUUUUGUUCAAUUACAUGAAAUAUUUUCAACUGAGCAGAAAAUCUACGUCAUUCAGAAUGAAUUUGAUUCGAUGACAUUGUUGAACGUUGUACAACAGCAACAGCAGCAGCAACACCAACCACGACGUCAAUCAUCACAACGAUCAGCCACAACGAUUAUAAAUUAUGACGAGGAAGACGUACGAAAAUGGCUUCGACAAUUAUGUGAUGCAAUGAAUUUUAUGCAUUCAAUGGCUAUAGCACAUCUAAAUCUACGUUUGGAUAAUAUUAUAUUCGAUGAACGGCGAAAUAUUCGAUUGAUUGGUCUAAGCCGUACAUUCUGUUAUUUUAAUUUGGACCAGGAAAAAUUCAUUAAAGCUAGUCGUGUAUCACCAAGUAUUUUCUAUGAUCAUUUACCAGCGGAAUGUUUUGAAGGUGAAUUCGAUCCAUGUCGGGCUGAUGUUUGGAGUUUUGGAUUGUUGAUAUACGAAAUGGAAACACAUGUGAAUCCUCGGAAACAAGCAUUGACGAAGGAUAAAUCACGUGCAAGCCGUACAAGUUUGAAAAAAAAUAUUGAUCGUCGUGAAUUUAAAAAUCCGACAUUUGAUUUUGAUAAGAUUCGUAAUCAAUCAUUACGACAAUCGGUACGAUUAAUGUUGGAUAAUCAAAGUGCUUGUACUCGACCAACUUUUAGUGAAAUUCGUUCGAAUGAAUAUUUUCAAUCACAGCAGCAAUAACUGAAUCGAAAUGCCGUCCAAAUUAAUUCAGCAAUGGCGAGAUAUACUGAAGAUGUGCAUUUGCAUAUAGAAAAGAAAAAAGAGAUGAAAAAUAUUCAAUUUAAUGAUAUUCAAAUGAAUUGGAUUAAAAUGUAAAUUU